AUGUACGCCGCUCAGAAUAUAACGCCAACAGUUUUGGAUGCCAUGAAUGGAAAUGUUUCCGAAUGGUAUAACGAAUGCGACAAUGCCAUUAGAAGGUCAGAAAUAGUUCCUGGAACUUACGAAUAUACAACUGCUGUUUCUUAUGGAAAUGUAGGUGAGUUUGGAGAAGGUUCUUCAACAACAGUAGAUAUUGCUUGCGACAGGUUUCAUAUAAUUUCUAUUGACAACUCAUUCUUAUACGUGGAACAAGACAUUGAAAUAAAACCUUCUGCCAAGUUGUCUGACAAGAAAGGUUGCAAUGGAAUUUUCUAUGUCGGAUACCAAUAUGCUCCAGAAGUUUUCAUGGGAUAUAAGAUAUAUUCUAACUCUGACUUAGUUCAAACAGUAACAUGGGCAAACUAUGAAUGGUUCGCUUUGAGAAACUCAGUACAACCACAAGCUAGAGAACAAACAGACCAAUAUGCAACUAUUGAGAAAAUAAGAAGACUUGACCCUAACGUUCCAGGAGUUUAUGUUAACCUUUCUGGACAAACUGCAGCAGCAGUAACCAAAGUAAAACUGAAACUUAGAGUUCCUUUGUCAUCUUUCCUCAUCUUCAG